GGUAUCAAUAAUAUUAAUCAUGGAUAUCCACUCGCUCAUCAAAUCGCCUUGUGAACCCAAAGAUAUCUGGGCUACUAAGCUUUAUGACCUUGGGGAAGAUGCUAAAGAAUCAGUUCCUCAGAUUCCGAAGACAACUAAACAGUUUGUGAACACUCUUAGGACUAACAAGGGCAAACCUAUUGUAGGAGACUUUAAAAGUAGUUCUAAACAAAGGGUUUGUACUGAGCCGAUCUGUAUUCCUCCUAGAUUUAGAGAGACUUGUCAAGAUUGUUCAGAGCAGCUGAUAGAACUGAAAUCAAGGGAUAUAACUACGCUUAAGGAUUAUAAGCCUAAGACUUACAACAAGAAGGCAAUUGGGAAAUUGACUAAGCUGAGACUUAAAGCCCAGAAAUCAGAGUUUCUAAGAAAGUUGCCAUCUGAUGAGAUCUUAAAGUCUAUGAUAGAUUAAAGACUCGUGGAAAUGAGUCAAAGCUCAAAUAACUACUAAUUCCUAAACUCUUGCCUUCAUCUUAAAUCGGUUGGGUUAUGUGCUACUUGGCAUAUAAGUGAGAACAUUAAGACAUUAGGAAAGUGAUUGGAGUGUACCAUAAUGAAAUGAUAUGUGAGCACAUCUUCUAACUCUCUCAAUUUCUUAGUUAAGGCUCCAUUAUUUAUUCAGAAUAAUUUAUCAAAAUCCUGAUCCCUGAGUCUUAGUUUUAUAGAUUUAAGCAAUGAGCCUCAGCAUGUCUUAUGACAACUCCCUCUGUUUAUUAUUAUUUCUGACAUAAAGACAGUAGACAUAGCAAGGACUCUUACUGUACAGUAUAAUGCUUCUGGGUGUUAUUGUUCUAAAAUUAUAUCUAAGCUUAAGACCGCAAUUUCUUCUAAAAUUUUGACUCCUCAAAAUAUAAAAAUUGAACUUGGUAUUCCAAAACCUAGCUAAUUAGUUUUAUCUUUCAGUAUUUCUGAAAACUAUGAAAGUAUUCUUACUUUUCUCUAUGUUAUGUUUCCCAGAUGGAGAUCAUAACAGAGAUGUUUUAAGGAGGGGAAAUCUAAAGCAAAAUUAGGCUUUUAGUAAAGAUGCCCCUGAGUUUAUGCUGAAUAUUCUCGGUUUACCAAAACACAUAGAGAUCUUGCUACAGAUGAGCCAUAAUAUCUAAAAAUUCAGCUCCCUGGUUGAUGCCCAUUCUUAUCGUUUGAAAUAGUAAGCCAGCAAUUAAAAUGUAAAGCCUAUGGCUACUGGGAAGGUGCCUUACCCAAUUCUUUAAGCAAUAGAAAUAUCCCUUAUAGGAAAUGGGCUGCUUUUUAAUAAACUAAUGAUUAAAGCGAAGAUUUACUGUUAUUGCUAAUUUAGAUAUUCCCAUUAGCUUUGAUAAGUAUCAAGACUAACAGCUCGAUGAGACCACAUCCUGAGGUUCAAACUUAAUUAAGAACUCAUGAGAGGAGGGUCAUACUUCCCUAGUAGGAUAUCUACAGGUUUUCUCUACCAGUUUCAAUUCAGUCAACAAGUUAUUGACAUAAAUGUGUGCAAAUUUUAAUUUCUAGCACUCCUCAUCUAUUUUGGCAUACUGUUUUGUCGUGAAGAAAGGGAAACUCUACAGUCGUCUUCUUAGAGACCAUAAUGAUGGGGACUAAUAUUUCCCUUUAUGAAAUACAUUGCUAAGAUAUCAAUCCAAAAAUUAUGAUUUGAUUACAAAAGUUUUAGUCAACAUAUUUUCAUCAAGGAAAAUAGGAAGGGAUUCCCCAAAAUCUAACAUAAGAUAUAUUUUAGUUAAGAUGAACCUGGACUCUAGCCUGACUGUCAUGCUCUUCAGCAAGAUUAGUGUGUGCUCUAGAAUCGAUUUAUAGUCCAGCUGUAGAUAUAAAGUGACUUUACAAUGGUGGUCCAUUUCAUUCAGCAGGAAAACAAAUUAAAGAUGGAUAAAAUGCUGGUUCCUGACAAGUUUGGAUUAAGAAAGAUCACUGAAGUAGGAGUUAAUAUCUCUUGUAUAAAGUCUACUCUAUUUCAUUAGCAAAGGUAGGUUAAGAAACAGAGUCAGGUGCUAGAAAGUCACCUUCCUUGUUGGUUAAAGUUACUCAAGUUUUAUGGUAUUCUACUGAGCGAAAGUAUUUAAUAGUCAUCUUUAUUUGUUUUGUUAAUACUCAAAGUAAUAUUGAUUAAUAUUUAACUUCCUUAACAUGUUUAACAGAAACCGAGCUACACUUUUAAAUUUUUGCUAUCAAGUGGAUCGGCAAGAAGAGAACUUCUUUAAUAAUCUGCCUGCACAAAGUUACAGUAGAUUGGUUCAACUA